AUGUCUUCCUACACAGGCAAUCCUCCGAGUCGUGCCGCAAUAGUAACCACUCAGCCCCAGGGCUCAACUUUGGCAGACCCUUUUGCAACCCGCUCAGACUCGGAUACCAUGAGAACUGCGGCUAUCGCAAUGAAUGACGAACAGAAGGAAUCCGAAAGGAUGAAAGCCAAACCUGAGGUAAUACGAGCUCAGGCUUCUCGUACCACCCCUCGUCAGAGUCGGAAGAGGAAGCCGGAUCAACGUGACAAAUCUGACAAGGAGAAUACAUAUCCGACUCCUGCUCCAGCAGCGAAGCGCAUCCGCAGGGAGAAGACUGGCACCGAGUGGCAGACGGUCCUUGAUUUGGUCAAGUUUGGUGAGGAGCAGCGAAGUAAGCAAAACGGAGCAGCUAGUAUUGAGGAAAUGAAGGCCUGA